UUACAGUAUAGCCGUUUCGCGCUAUGCUAGACAGAUACAAUUGGAUUCUAUACGGUGAAUCCAUGGCAUUUGCGGCAUCGACUCGUGUUCAGGUAAGCAGGAAACAACCGCUCCCAGUUACUGAGCUAAUACUAUAAUAAGGGCGCGCAAUGGUUCGGUGACUAUGCUACUGUCGUCAUGUUCAUAUUUUGUCUCACUUCAAAUCCAAAAGAUGAAAUGUAGUUUAUUCAUCAGUUUUUCAACGUAUCACCAGACAUUACUGUUAUUGUAGCGGUUGCCUGGAGGAAAGAAGAGGUACCUCUCCUUGGAGACUUCCCGGGAUGCAAAACUCAAGCGCAAGACACAAGAGUGGAGUGCAAUACUGCUGCUGUCUGAUUGGCGAACCGUCCAUCGCUUCAUCUUUUCACGUUAGUUCUACCCGACGAAGCUCUAACCAGGUCUAUUGCAACCAGGACUUGACCACGAGACAUGUAACUUGUAGAGACAGUAGGCUAAUAUUUGUCUCGGGUUUGUUUAGUCGGAAAAGCCUAUUAUUUAAGAAAUAGGCGGACGCCCUUUCGGUGGUGCUGAAGAUAGGAGGACUUGGCUGAUCUACGAGUGAGGAGAAUCAGUACACGAACCCACACUUAUCUGCCCGGUCUUGCCAGCUUUAUGAUAUCAGGUGCUUUCGCUAAGGCAGCAGUCUGAGCUGAGGCAGGAUAGCAGGAUGCUGUGGGUGGAGUGUAGGAUAGUGGACGCCCUGCGUGGGAGAAGACGGAUGAGGGCCACGGCCGUCAAGCUGCCCUGCUCCUUCUGGUUCCUCCUGCUGUUCGGGGCCGGAGGCCUUGUCCUCUUCAUACACCUCCAGGACCUCUCAGAGAUGGUCCAGCAACAGGCUCCAGGUGUGAAGCUAAGAGGAACAGCUCGGCAGUCCAGAGAGGCGCUGUGUACUCAGGACAGUGAGGGUGUAAGAGUCAGCCCAGGCCAGGACCAGAGACCGGCUGUGGAAGGCCUAACCAGCCCCAUCCCCCCCAUGCAGUUCCCUGCCUUCCAGUGGACCAGACAUUCAGCCACCCCUGGCUCUAGGGAACAGGACAUGGGCUCCCUGCACGUCACCAAGCGCCACAGGAAACUACUGAAAACCAGCCCUGUGGUCUCUAACAACUCACACAACUCCUCCUCAUCCUCCUCUGGUUCCCCGGACUCUCCUGAGGAGAGCUGGCAGUGGCACAGACUGUCCCACAUCCAGGAAGCUCGGCGGAGGCUGAUGAAGGAGGUCUGUGCCAAGUACAAGAGCAGCAUCUCCAGAACCAUCACACCUCACCACGUGUCCCGGAUCUAUGUGGAGGACAAGUACAAGCUGUUGUACUGCGAGGUGCCCAAGGCGGGCUGCUCCAACUGGAAGAGGAUCCUCAUGGUGCUAUCUGGCCUGGCGUCGUCCACCCACGAGAUCAAACACGACGCUGUCCACUACGGCAACCACCUCAAGAGGCUGGACAGCUUCGACCGCCAGGGCAUCACGCAGCGCCUGGAGACCUACACCAAAGUCCUGUUUGUCCGCGAACCCCUGGAGAGGCUGGUGUCCGCCUUCAGGGACAAGUUUGAGAACCCCAACACCUACUAUCAUCCUGUAUUCGGGAAGCCCAUCAUCUCCAAGUACAGGGUGAACGCCUCCAAGGUGGCCCUCAGGACAGGCAGUGGAGUGACCUUCCAGGAGUUCAUGCAGUAUCUGUUGGAUGUGCACAGGCCUGUGGGCAUGGACAUUCACUGGGAGCCUACCAGCCAGCUCUGCAGCCCCUGUCUGCUGGACUACAACUUCAUCGGCAAGUUUGAGACCAUGGAGGAGGAGGCUAAUUUCUUACUACGUAGAACUGGUGCUCCACAUAACCUCACCUUCCCCAGUUUUAAAGACAGGAACCCCAAGGCUGAGAGGACUUCAACUCAUUUAACCCAUCGCUACUUUGCACAGCUCAGCACUUCAGAGAGACAGAGAGCUUAUGACUUUUAUUACAUGGACUACCUUAUGUUUAACUAUUCCAAACCUUUUAAAGAUUUGUAUUGAUUGACUCUCUGAUCUCUGUUUGAGUCCGCAAAUCUCCCCUGGCUUUAAGUGGAGGAGCGCACCAUAAAAAUGACUUCCUUUUACAAGUAUUACUAGAAGAUCAUCACAUGAAAACAAUGUCUUGGUCAGGCAUGUCAAUGUGGUCCUGUACUAUAUACCGGUGACUAACUGCAAAACAUCAAACUCACAAACAAUGUAUCACUGCACAGUCAGUGACGUGAAAAGACAGUUCAAUGCUUUAAAAUGUGUUACGUAAAGAGGUACCUACCUAUCAUUUUUUGCACUUAGUGUAGCAAAUUCUUUCAAAUUCUCCAAAAAACGUAUUGACUACUGCUGGAGAGUGUGUCUGGACGGUCUUAUAGGGGAGCAUCCCCCUUAAGUAUCGCUAAGUACUACUUUACCACACCAUCCCACUACCCUUUAGAAUACAUAUCCUCAUCACUGUCAUCAAGGCUUUUUCUGACACUAAUAUUUAAAAACUGUACAAAGGGCAUUCAGAUAACUAUAUAUAUUUUUCUAUGUAUUUCUGAUAUAACUGAUUGAUAUUUCAGUAAUUAUAUGGUGAGUGUGUGUAGAGAAUAUCUGGCUAUAUUUAGGCCUCUUGGGUCCCCCUGUACAUCAGACCCUGUAGAACACGUGUCACACUCAUUCCAUGGAGGGCCAAGUGUCUGCAGGUUUUUGCUCCUCCCUUGUUUCUUGACUGAUCAAUGAAGGUCAUUGAUUAGUUAGGAACUCCCCUCACCUGGUUGUCUAGGUCUUAGUUCAACACAAAUAAAAAGGAAAUAACAAAAACCAGUGUACAGUCGACCCUCCAUGGAAUGAGUGUGACACCCCUGUUGUAAAACAUGCUGGUUAACACAUGGAAACGUAGAAAUUCCACUCCAAUCUUUCCCUAAUUACCCAAUAAGCCCCUGCAGUGAAAUAUCACUGCAGUGUUAGAGAGAGCAGAACACUGACACCAUCUCUUAUACUGACACUGACAAAGUCACAAGGCAGCUUAUCCUACCCAACUCUGCCUCUGUGUGUGUGUGUGUGUGUGUGUGUGUGUGUGUGUGUGUGUGUGUGUGUGUGUGUGUGUGUGUGUGUGUGUGUGUGUGUGUGUGUGUGUGUGUGUGUGUGUGUGUGUGUGUGUGUGUGUGUGUGUGUGUGUGUGUGUGUGUGUGUGUGUGUGUGUGUGUGUGUGUGUGUGUGUGAGACAGAGAGCGAGACAUGUGUGAGAGAGAACAACUGGAGCUGCUGCUCUGAUCUCUUUUCAUGGCUCUGAGGAGGAGUAAGCCCUGGCCCACAGCCCAGACACACUCAGACCUGCUACCGUAGGUCCCUCACAAGACACACAACUGUGAGGACAGCUUUACGAUGAGAUCUCUCAACAGGGUAACAACUUAUACAACCCAUAAUAACACAUCAUCUACUGUCCCACAAGCUGUACAGGUAAUGGGUUGUAGGAUCUGUGUGAGAAAGCUAGUGUUCAGAAGCCAGCAAUUGGAGCAGUAUUUCAAAAUAUCCUCUUUUACCUCCUAUGACCAACACUGAUUUAUAGCUCCACAGUAGAGUACCACAGCUAUUCUGAACAAUGGGAAGGCAGGGACUUCGGGCCAAUCAAACACAGUUUCCUGGAUAAGUCAGAAACAUGACUCUUCCCUGGCUGCUAGAACGCUGGGUUGGUUGGCUUUGUGAAAUCCGUCUGUAACAGAAAGAAACUCAAUUGCAUAUGCUGUUGUGUUGUGACGUGUAUACAGGUCAUGUUAUCAACUUGCCCCUGAAACGUGGUUGCUGUUUUUAACUGAAUGGGCCUCUAAUAAGUAAGUAGAAUGUUCCUCAUAUUCAAUUGUGUUCUACUCUGUAGCUCUAGUUAGAAUGAAUACCCCAGACAAGCCAGGGAGGGUGCCUAAAAGGAUACAGCACAGGGGGAGGUGCCUUUCUCUAUGUGACCAAUUACAAAGAAAUGCACAUUAUUUGAGUUAUAUAUAGACACUAUAUUGAGAUUUUAAUAUAUUUUUUAAGAAGAUACAGAAAGAGAUUACAUAUUUAUGAUGGCAAAUAUUAUAGGAUUAUGUCAAUGUAGUGUGUUGGCUUUUGCAGUUCCAAAAUCUAUAUGUUGUUUAGAUGGUGGUCUGAUUCUAUGUAGUUAGCUAGACUCCGGUCCAAAGCUAAAUAGCAUAAUAUAGGUGUUACUUUAACCUACAAAAUGCUCCCUCACUCACCAACCCUGUUCUAUGGGGUUUCUUGGAAAUGUAAGUAUGUGGGUCUAUGGGUACAACACAGAUAUAUCAAAACUAUUUACGGUAACAAGUGAAUGUAUAACUGUUUUAUCGUUGGUGCAAAAGUGUAUAAAUACCUGUACAUGGUCUGGAACCCUUUGCCUUAUUUUACACUGCCAAUCAAAAGGUGUAUUUCAGGAAGACAUUCUGCAGGUGGUUGGUUUCUGUCUGCUGAGUGUCUACUAAUAAACUGUCUUUAGCAUUUUCACAA